ACUACGGAACAGUGUCUAGGAUCCAUUGUUGCGUCUCUUCCAAUUUCAAUUUCUUUAAAGUCCCCAUUAAUGAUGGACCUUUUCACUUCCGAUUAAUUAAGAUCUUCUUCUGAUGCUCUCUUCUUCCCUCAUUUUGCUGUUUCGGGUCAGUUUCUGAAGGUAUCUGAUGAGUUUUGAAUCCAAUUCUAUCGCAAUUCAUCAGUUUGGUGGUGUUCGUCUUCCAAAUUGCGAUGAGAAUAGUUAAUCGAUUAGAGAGAUUUCAAUACUCCGACAUCCGCAGAUUGCUGUCGGGGAUCAUCGUCGUCACAGUUGGUUUUGUUGUUCUGCUUGUUCUGUGUUUCGGUCUUCCCUGUCGCAAUGCUUCUUGCUUGUCUCUGGUUAAGGUUUCAGGGUUUGUAGACUCUCAAGUCUCUUUGGUCAAAACCGAGAUGAAAUACAUAAAUGUCUCUACUGAUGUUGAUGUUGAUGAAGAUGAAAAGGGGAAAAGAAAGAAAGAUUACUCGUUGGAUAUCGAUAGAGAAGAUGAUGAUGUUGCAAUUAGCAAAGUCAAAGUAGAGCUUAAUGUAUCUUUAGAGAAGCCUAAAAUGGCAGUUGAAAGUUCGGUUUUGGUUAGUGGUAAAGAUAGUAGAGAAGGUAAUGUGUUGUCUAUUAUAAGACACAAGCAAGAAGCUGCAGUUUCUAUAGCUCAGAUGAACACAUUGCUGAUCCAGAGUCUUUCUUCUUUUCAAUCCCCUAAGCCUCGGUGGUCAUCUGUUCGAGACUCUGAAAUGCUCGCUGCGAAAACCGAGAUCGAGAACGCUUCAGGUGUGGAUGGAUUCAUUGGACUUGAUGCUUCGGUUUAUCGAAAUAUCUCCAAGUUUCAAAGGAGUUAUGACUUGAUGGAGAGGAAACUCAAAGUUUAUGUGUACAAGGAAGGAAAGAAACCGAUAUUCCAUAAGCCAAUGCCUAGAGGAAUCUACGCAUCAGAAGGUUGGUUCAUGAAACUCAUGGAAAGCAACAAGAAGUUUGUAGUUAAAGACCCGAGAAAGGCUCAUUUAUUUUACAUACCCGUCAGCAUAAAAGCUCUAAGGACCUCUCUGGGACGGGAUUUUCAGACACCAACGAGCCUUGCAGACCAUUUGAAAGAAUAUGUGGAUUUGAUAGCAGGAAAGUACAAGUUCUGGAACCGAACUGGUGGAGCCGAUCAUUUUCUUGUUGCUUGCCAUGAUUGGGGAAACAAACUGACAAAAAAACACAUGAAGAACAGUGUUAGAGCACUUUGCAAUUCAAAUGUUGCACAAGGCUUCAGAAUCGGGAUCGAUACAGCUUUACCGGUCACAUAUAUACGCUCUGCUGAGUCCCCUCUUGAGUACCUUGGCGGAAAAACUCCAUCUGAAAGGAAGAUCCUCGCUUUCUUUGCUGGAAGCAUGCAUGGAUAUCUCCGACCGAUCCUUCUUCAGCUUUGGGAGAACAAAGAACCUGACAUGAAGAUUCUCGGUCCAAUGCCUCGUGACCCUCAAAGCAAGAAACAAUACCGUGAAUACAUGAAGAGCAGCAGGUACUGCAUAUGUGCGAGAGGUUAUGAAGUCCACACUCCUAGAGUUGUUGAAGCUAUAAUGAACGAAUGUGUUCCAGUUAUCAUUGCUGAUAACUACGUGCCUCCAUUUUUCGAGGUUUUGGAAUGGGAGGAGUUCGCGGUAUUUGUCAAGGAGAAAGACAUAGCAAAUCUGAGGAACAUUCUGUUAUCGAUACCAGAAGAGAGAUACGUUGGGAUGCAAGCAAGGGUAAACAUGGUGCAGCAACAUUUCCUAUGGCACAAGAAACCGGUGAAGUUUGAUCUGUUUCAUAUGAUUUUGCAUUCGGUUUGGUACAGCCGGAUAUCUAGAGUUAAAACCAGGCCUAGACACUGAGUAGUGUAUGUCACUCUAUACUUUGAUAGAUUUUGUCGAUCUUUUGU